AUGAACCUUGAGAAGGCCGUUUCGUUGGGCGAUCUUAGAAUUCAGCUGUCGAAAACAGCUAUUAGGUUUUCUCGAGAUGGAAAUUCUGAGGUGCCGUUAUCGAUCUUUUUCUUCUCUCCUCGCUAUCUCUGGUGUUUUUUUAUCCGUAGUCGGAAACUGGACUGUAACACCGCCGGGGUGCAAAAGAAUGGCGGGCACGAUUGGAAAUGGGGAGGAGAAAUAGCCUUUUGGGACAGGAGGAGGGUUUGGAAUAAUUGUUCAAAUGAUACUAUAACUUUGGGACCGAUGCUGUGUGGAUUUACGCACUUACCUAUGGUGGCGGUAUUGUUUCUGUACGCUGCUGCUUCUCUUAACUCUGGUGACCGUAUAUCUUGUGAAUUUUUCGUUGGAAAUGGCUGCACAGCUGUGUUAACCACCCAAGCAUCCACCAAGGUUUACAAGUCCCUGGGGUCCAGAUGUUCUGAACAGCUGCUGGAGGCAAGGAUAGGGAGUGAUGCCCUUUUGGUAGUGAUUCCUGAUCCAGUCACCUGUUUUUCAACGGCGAGAUAUGCUCAGAAACAAGUCUUCAGAGUUGUUGCAGACUCUAGCAGCUUGCUACUUGUGGACUGGAUUACAAGCGGGCGACAUGAGAGCGGAGAGAGGUGGGAAUUCCAGCUUUACAAGAGCACCAACCAGAUACUCUUGGCUGAUGACGAUGAUCGGCCCUUGUUUGUUGACUCGGUAUUGCUGGAACAAGGAAGCAUCUCAAGUAUCUCAGACCGCAUGCUGGACUACCAAGUUAUUGCAAUGGUCGUAAUCUUGGGGCCUAAGUUGAAGAACAUUCAAAACCAAGUCCAAGAAAAUGUAAAAAGGUUGAUGUCUGACCAACUGCAUAUGCCUUACUCUGGCGUGAGAGCCAGCAGCAACCAUGCCAAACCGAAUUCCAGCAGCUCCUUCAACAAGCCGCCACUCGUUGCUUCUUGCAGUCCAUUUGGUCCCAAGGGUAUGGGAGUUGUAGUCAGGAUAGCAGCCACAACAACUGAAUCAGUGUACAAGUUCUUGAACCAUCAACUGAGUGGGAUGGAGUCGCUCAUUGGCGUCCUACCAUAUCGUUGAACUUGCUCUUUGCUUUCCUGGUGUGCUUCUGGUGUGUUCGAAAAAUCACCAGUUGAUUCGUUGUGAUCGUAUUGUUUGUAAGCGAACUAUGAACUUAUGUUCCUGUCUGCAAAAUGUUGCUGAUUUUUCUCUGUAAUUUGACUUGACGGUUUAACCGGUCGAAUUGUGGAAGUUCUCAAUCAUUUCCGGUUUUGGAUAGUCAAAACAUUACCAAAACCUCUCCGUUGCUUUCCCAUCUCGUGCUGUCCUUGAGUAAAUGGUGAUAGAGAGAUUCAUCAAAGUUCUCCAAAUUUUUUGAAGAGCGGAUUCUGGUUAGAAUGG